UAGUUUUUCUUCGAACGUUCCCUCGGCUAUUAUAGUUCUAUUUAAAUCUAAAAGAUAGAGUUUGUGACAAAUGAACAUAGCUCACAGAAAAGCACUAUUAUCUCCUUCAAUUCACGUAUAAUAUUCUUGCUCCUUGUUACUUCGUAAUAGCCAUGGCAAGCAAUUGCAAUUGCAACAAGAGCUUCGCGAACAGCUACAUGUUGCUGAAGCCCGAAGAUGCGGGUUUCUUUGAUCUCCUUCGAGUCUUAAUUUACCGAAACUUGUCACAAAGAAAGUUUGUGGAUAGCCAUGCAGAGGAUAGUUUGGACGAAAGUUUGGGUCACCGGUGGCUUAUAUUUUUGUCUAUUUUGGCCCAGAAGCUUUUGCAGCUUGUGGCCAAGCCACUAUCACUCUUUGGGACAUGUGUUGAGUUUUUGAUCAACCUGGUUGCCCUCAACGGUGGUGUAUUCAGCCUUGUCUUUAACUUUCUCAGAGGUAAAUUGGUGUUACCGGAUCCUAAAUCAGAAAAAUAUUUGUCUUUUGUUGGAAAUUUGGACGUGCGAGUAAAGAUGGACCCCGUCCAGCGAGAAGAUUACAAGUACUAUCCUGCACUUUCUAUGAUGGCUUCCAAAGCAUCCUACGAGAACGAAGCUUUCCUUAAAACUACCGUGGAGGAUUACUGGAAUAUGGAAUUUGUGGGGUUCUUCAACUGCUUAAAUGAAUACCAAGGAAAGACUACAACUCAAGUCUUCAUUGCUUUGGAUAAGCACAAGGAUCGCCACACUUAUGUUGUAGCCUUCAGAGGAACCGAACCCUUUGAUGCUGAUGCAUGGUGCACCGAUGUCGACAUCUCGUGGUACGAGAUUCCCGGCGUUGGAAGACUUCACGGUGGAUUCAUGAAAGCCCUAGGGCUUCAGAAGAACGUUGGAUGGCCUAAGGAAAUUGAAGAGCGAGACAAGAAUCUUCCACCCUUAGCGUACUACGUUAUUAGGGACAUUCUUAAAAAGGGUUUGAGAGAAAAUGAUAAAGCUAAGUUUAUAGUAACGGGGCAUAGUUUGGGUGGAGCACUGGCGAUUCUGUUUGGGACGAUCUUGUGUUUGCACGAUGAGACGUUGUUGUUGGAGAGGCUGGAAGGGAUUUACACGUUUGGGCAACCACGAGUUGGAGAUGAAGCAUAUGCAAAGUAUAUGAGACAAAAAUUGAAGGAACAUUGUGUUAGGUAUUGCAGGUUUGUUUACUGCAACGACCUUGUUCCGAGGUUGCCCUACGAUGAUAAGGAAAUGAUGUUCAAGCACUUUGGGACAUGUCUUUUCUUUAACAGGCGAUAUGAACUCGAGGUUCUUGAAGAGCAACCAAAUAAAAACUAUUUCUCACCUUGGUGCGUGAUACCUAUGAUGUUGAACGCACUUUUAGAACUAAUAAGAAGCUUUGUUAUUGUCUACCAAAGUGGUCCUUACUACAAAGAAGGAUGGUUUCUCUUUGCUUUCAGAACUAUCGGCUUAAUAAUUCCUGGGCUGCCUGCUCAUGGUCCUCAAGAUUACAUCAAUUCCACUCUUUUAGGAUCGAUUGAAAAACACUUCAAAGUUGAGUGAUCCACAUGAAGAUGCACCGAUGUUUUAAAAGUCAAACCAGAAUUACGAAUCAAAAAGACUAUAUGUUACCGUAAUUAGUUGAUUAGGUAAUGAUUUUCUAUUCAACUAGCUGCCCGUGGAAACCAAGAGUCAUUUUUUGCAACAUACUUGUGACUUCUAUGGAAAGAAACUUACAAAUACAUGGUACUUUAUUUGGUUUCUAA